GCCGAACGAAUGGAAUUGCUGUUUGCCUUUAAUCCUUUAAGAAAAGCGUAUUCAUGUGACACAUGUCAUCAAGAGUUUCGAGAAGAACAUGAAAUACAAAGCCACGUUGAAACUCAUACAUAUACUUGUAGUGUAUGUUCUGUUGACUUCAAAAAACCUAUAUUUUUAGGGUUACACAUGGCCGAACAUAACGACAAAGGUGAGAUUAGCUGUCCUUUAUGCGAUCACGAGUUUAAAACGUUGUGCAAAAGUAGGCUAUUGAGGCAUAUUAAACAGAAGCAUCAGAAGGAACGCCCCAAAACAAGUCAAUGUGAGUAUUGUGGGUCGUCAUAUUUAUCAAAGCAGAUGCUAGAAGACCAUAUCAAAGUAAUUCAUUUACAAAAGGAACCGUAUAAGUGUAUCGUGUGCGAACACACGUUUACUUUGAAGUCAAGUAUGAGGAUACAUCAAAUAAACAAGCACAGGGUCGUAGACGAAAGCGAAUUAUCGUCAAACUACUGUACAUUAUGCAAAAUGUCCUUUAAAAAGCCUUCGUCUUUGGCUAAGCAUCUGGAAAUGAAAAGGUGCGUGCCAACACCUAGGGUAGAACGCCAAGGACACUUUGUUUGUGACCUGUGCGGUAAAGAGUUUCGUUUCUACAAAACCUUCAAUCUGCACCAAAGAGAUCACGCAGGAGACAAGCCAUAUAAAUGUUCCUACUGCCCGAAAUCUUUUGUUAUUAAUUCUAAGAGGCUUGCUCACGAAGUUUCCCACACGGAUGCCCGGCCAUAUUCCUGCGAGACUUGCGGGCAGAGUUACAAAACCUGGAAGCAUCUUAGGCGACAUCUAGUCGUUCACAAUUCGAGCGUACUCACAUUUACGUGUCAUUUUUGUGAUAGAGAAUUUUCGACUAAAGACACCUUAAGAGCACACGUGAGGCUGUGUUCGAAAAAGUACUUAGUUCCUUAUAAUAUUAAUAAUUAAUGACUUAAAUAAUAUAAAUGAAAUUGAAUUUCGAGUCGUAAUUUUCUGAUAUGUUUUGAAAAUUAAGAUAGUCUCGUUUGUCAUUUUACUUCUCACAGGUCCAUUUUUCAGAACAUUAAUGUUUUUCAUAAGUUUUCAUUUUUCGCAGUUAUUGGUAAAUAAUAUUAGGUACAACCUAAUUUUAUAAUAUAGUUCUGGCCUCAAAACGCUCCCAGCCUAACAGGUGUACAAUAAAUUGCUCAUUUUUGAUUUGACAUUUUUAUGCAUAAUCUGUGUAGAUAUUAUUCACCGGUCUUAUUUUCUCUGUAUUAUAUUUAAUCCUACAGUGACUGUUUAAAGUGCUGUUCUUAACAGAUUAAUAAUUAUUUAUUAAUUGUAAAUAAUGUUA